AUGGUAUCCUACUCUGAUCGUAACUGUGGUGCAAAUGGGCGACAUUUUGACAUCGGAGAGAGCAUGUUAGCAAAGGACUAUUGUGGUGACCGCGAAGUCCAUGGCAUCAAGGCGAAAUCACUAGGAAACACAAAUGAGUUCAACUCGAACGACAUUAACAAUGUGAGGUACCGAUUAAACGAACAGUCACAUCUCAUCAUGGCGUUGAAGGAGAGUGCUGAUCGGGAGCUAUUGCAGCGUAAGGAGUUUGAAGAGAAGCUUGCACAAGAGAGGGAUAGGUCCUGCGAGUUGCAAGAACAAGCUGAAGAACUUGAACUCAGGAAAGCAGAAACUGAGAAGUUCAACCUCACACAAAAGCUUAUGACAAUGCUCGCAGAAAGACGAAACGCAAACCUAGAUUUCAAAAACUCAAAAACUCUACUUGAAGAAAAUUAUGCGCAGGCCAAAAGGCAAAUAGAAAUUCUUCGACAGGAAGCCCUUGAAAAUGCGUCACGAUGGUCUGAUGAACGAGCAGAUUUUGAAAAGCGAAUAUGUGAGAAGAUGAGUAAAGUAGAGGAAUUAAACCGUAUAACUCAACAACUGCAACAACAGAACUCUGACCUACAGAAGGAAAUUGAAGGACUAAACUUGCUUCGAAAGAAGGACGCAGAGGCACUAAACGCUAACAAACAAAUUAAACGGCUCAACAACCGACUGGACGAAGCAGAUGCACGGUACAAGAACUUACGGGAGGUAUUCGAAGCCUACAAGCAGCACACUAACGAGCUUCUUCAGGCGGAGAAGAAAUUGAAUAAGAAACUCAGACAACACUUAAAGUAA